AUGUUGCUGCCGCUGCUGGGUGCCUGUGCUGUAGUGGGGCCAUUCCAGGGUCCUGAAUGGGAACCAGUGAGGGGUCUACUCGCCCAAGAUUGCAGCUGCAAGGACCCCCGGUGCUGUGGGAACCUGCUGGUCCUGUGCCUCUUUCUGAUCUGGCAGAUCCGGCACUGUUGGCACUGUAUCGUCAGGACUCGUUCCUGCAAGAGGAAUGCCACCAAGGUCCGACCAAAGAAGCGGGCGAUGCCCUCUGAGAGACAUGACACUUCCUUUGGGAUGCCUUCUCGAUUCUUCCAUCCUGACAAGCUCAAGGAUACUCAUGUCCAGCAGUUGGCAGAAAAGCAGAGAAGCCUCCAGAAGGCAUGGGUCCAAUCCCUACUCUCACCACAGCAGCCGUGUCAGGACCCGCCUUGGGAUGUCCACACGCUCUCUGAGUCCAUUUUUUACACCUCUUCCUUUGCAAGUGCCUGUCUUCUCCCUCAGGACAGUUCUUCAGAAGCAGAGAGGAUACCCUGGAGUCUCAGAGAUUGUGAGACUCAUCUUCGCCUACACACAUGCCGACAGGUGAGAAAGCUGCUGGUUCACUCCCAGGAGAAGCGGGUGCCAGCAGAACCUGCAGGUAGCUUGAGGUACCCCACCGCCAUGACCUUGGCCAUGUCCCUCCCAAAUCUUUCAGCUCAGAGGCUGCCGUUCUUCCACAGAGCGUUCCUGCCUGAUCCUCCCAACCUACAACAGGAAAUGCCCACCUGGAUGUCCUCAAACAGCCCUCAAGAGAAUGAGGUGCCACAGAGUGAAACCCAGGUCCUGGGCAGAGAGAAUAGUGGAGAGACGCAGGCCCCAUGGGGUGUGAACCAGAGAGAGAGCCCAGGGGAGGAUGCCUGUGGAAUCCAAGAAUCCAGGGGCCAACUCUUUGGAGGUUCUAGAAGGAAGGAUGGUGUAGUAGCUAAGGCCCUGGGGUACAAAAGCCUGAAGACAUUAACAAAUAAAAUGGAUGGAAAGAUCUGGACACCAGUAUGGGAGAACCAGGACCAUGGAGGAGUUGAAACUCGAACCCCAAUUGCAGAGCGAGGGAAGAAAAACCAGAAAGAGGUUGAAGAUAAAAAGGUGACUCAGGCUCACCUAGGAGAGAACCAAGAGGGAGUAAGGUGGCAAACAGAUGCUGAGACCCAGACACCAGAGUGGGAGAACCAGGGAAAGACCGGCAGUGAGGAGGUUGUAGAGAUUCUGUUGUUUGAGACAAAAGAGACCAGGAAGGAGGGAAAAGGAGAAAUCCCACUCCAAGGCUGCACUGGAGGUGAGAAUGAGAAGUCCCAGAUGCCACAGCAAGACACACGAGACCAGGCUGGCAUUGACACUGGUGCAGAAACUGAGGCCGAGGAGAGGAGAAAUCAGGACCAGGCUGGAAGCGCAGGUGCUGUACAAACCCAGACAUCGGAAAGGGAGAACGUGGGAGAAACCAAACAAGAUGAUGAUGAUGAUGAUGAUGAUGAUGCAGGGGCCCAGGCCCUUGAGUGGGGGAAGCAGGGAUAUAUAGGAAUUGAAAAAAUCCAGACACCAGUGGGGGAGAAGCGAGGUCACAGUGGAAACGAGAAAGCCAGGGACACCCACAAAGUUAGCAAAGAGGAGCAGAAGCUAUCAAGACAUGCAGUUCAUGGGGGACGGGAUAAAGCAAGCCUGGGAAGAGACCGGGAAGCUGAGAAAUGCCAGAUAUCUAGACGGAAAAAGCACAGGGAGAUAAGACAGGAGGACUGGGUGGUGAUCCAGGCAGCAUGGUGGGGAAACCAAAGACUCAUAGCAAGUGAAAUUCACCGCGAAUUUGACAUACCACAUUGGGGAACUCAGAUGCAGUUUGGUGGUGAAUUCAGGGCAGAGAUUCAGGUACCAGAGAAUGACCGGAGAAAGGGUGGAGACAAGGAUGGCACAUACAUCCUAGCACCUGAGGCCAAGAACCAAGGACACUUAAGAUGUAAAACUGACAUGGACAAUCAUCCAGCAGAGAGGAAGUCCAAGAUUAGAGAUGAGAAUGGAAUUGAUUUUCAGUCACUAGACGAGAGAAACCUGAGAAAGGUUAAAGGUGAAGAUGGCCCAGACACCUGGGAACUUGGGCAAGAAUAUCUGGGUCAACUAAGAAAUAAAUUUCACCCAAAGAUACAUAUAUUGAAGUGGAAGAGUCAAGAACAUAUUAAAGGCAAGGAUGAUGAAGAUACCCUGACAUUGGAGGCAGAAAAAUGGGGAGAAUUAAUGAGUAACUCUGGUGGAGAAAUCCAUUCAUCAGAAGGGAAGAAAGCAGAGCAGGUUGGGAGUGAGAAUGAUGCAGAAACUCAUAUACAAAUCCCGAGAGAAGCUGGAGUGGAGGAUGCUACAGAAGUCAGGGAAGCUGGGGAAGGAAGCCAGAGUCAGCUGGGUUGUAAUAGAGAUGAUUACACCCAUUGGUCAGAGUGGAAGAACAAGCCAAUAGGAAUUAAGGAUGGAACAGAGAAGAGAAACCAGAGAGAACCAGGAGGAGAGGAUGAUGUAAAGAAGGAGGGCCAUAGACAGUUGGAGAGUGAAAGGGGGAGCUGUUCCCCAGGUAGGAAGAGCUGGGAGCUUCCUGGAACAGAGAACCCUGCAGAAAAGCAGGCAUCCACGAGGAGAGGCCAAAGAAGGGCUAGAGGUGAAGAUGGGAGAAAGAGACAGAGUUUUAAAAGAAAGAAGCAGAGACUGAUACGAAGCAAAGUUAACCGAAAGAUCUGUUCAGUGAAGCGGAAGAAGAACCAGGUACAGAUCAGAGGUAGAAAUGGAGCAGAAAUCGAAACGCAGGGGAAGAGAAAUGUGAGGAAAACCACAGAUGAUGGUGGCACAGACACCCAGAUACCUGUGGAAGACGACCAAGAACAAGAGAGCCAGACACGAGGGCACGAAAACCAGAAGAAGGGGGAAUUUGAGGAUGCUGGAGAAAUCCAGGAUGUCAGGAACCAGAGAAAGGGCAGAAGGGAGGGGCCUGGAGGGUCUGGAAUACCGAGGAGCGGAGACAACAAGCAAGUCAGAGGAAAGGAGGCUCGCAGGACCAGUCUCCAAGGUGACUGUUCUGCCAAUGAUGUGCCCUCGGGCAGGAUGCAUAGCCUGGCACACUCCCCAACUCCCGUUGCCUCUAGAUAUGAGACUCUGAAACACAGGCAGACAGUGACAGUAAAUAGUGUUAUCUCUGCCCCCCAUUCUGAGAUGGAGCACAAAGCUGGGGUCCCUUCGAUGGCUGGACUUAGAUCCCAGAGAAGACAACCAAGGAACCCCUCCAGUCACGCAUGGCAGUCCCAGAAUCCACAGUCUUCGGCGCUCUCCACCUGCCCUCCUCCCCCAUGCGGCCAAGCUCCCCAAGAUGCCACAGCUUUGGUGGGUGCCUCCACUGCCCUCCACGUCAUACCCACUUGGCCAAGCCUCAGGAAGAGCAAACGGCUGCUACUGGAGUCCCUCAUGAGGCGGAGGAUUGCACACUUGAGAUGGGGCCUCCCUUGGAGGAUCCUGGAGUCUUAUUUGCUCUUUAACUACUCGAGACCUUGCUCUUUGCCUGUGGCUGAGGUAAGGCUGCCAGGGUUAUGCACAAACCAGGAGCUCCAAAGGCAUGGUGGCAUCCAGAGCUCCAUGUCAGGCCUUAAGUCUCCAGAGAGAUCCCAAAGCCUUCCACCUCCUGAGAGAAAAAGUGCAAAACUCCCCACACAGGCCAAGCCUUUGGGGACGUGUAGACCCCUCAGGUCAGAGUCAGUGGGCAGCGCCAUUCCACCCGUGAAGCCCAGGAGAACCAAGCCACCAGGGGGAGCCAGAGAACCACAAGUCCAAGAAGAGGCUGCCAAAUCUAAGGUCCUUGCUCCCAGGAACCCCAGAUCGGCUUCAGAGUCUAGGAGCAGGUGUGGCCCUGUGAGAGUACUGGAUCUUUCCAAUGAGAUCCUCAGAGGCCGGGAAAUGAUCGGGACAGGGGUCUCCUUGAUGGCAGAGGGGGCUUCCAGCAGAGUGAGGAUCUCAUCCUCCAGGGCUGAUCAGGAUUACUGGAAGGAGGAGCGUAGGUCCUGGGGAUCCCCUGAGCCCUUCAGACCCCAGAGUUGGUCAUCUACAUACCACAGAAGAGGAAGCUUGGAGGCUGUAAAGGGCAGAGGGCCUGGGGGACAACUUUCCUUCUGUUCCAUGGAGACCUCCAGCCUCGAAGGAAACGUCCACCCUGUUGUGGCCAGGACAAGCAUGUCUCUGCCAAGCAACAUAUCCUGGUCCCCUCCACAGCUGGCCAAGGCCCAGCACUCAGCCCCCAACUUGACCUUGAGAAACCCUAUGUUGCUUCCACAAGGGGGUGACCCACAUUCAAGGGAGGACAUCAUUGGAAUUCAAAUGGCUUUAGAGAGAGACUCUCAGCCACCAGGGUAUUUCUGUGCUGGGGUAGCUUUUCCUCAGACAGAGCACAACAAGGACGGGGAGACAGCUGAAAAGAUAAACUGGGGUCCACGAAAUCCACCAGCCCCCCGGAAGCUUGGUUUUAUAAAGCGGUUGAAAUGCUUUAUCUUCCAGUGUGGCUUAAAAAAGUAG